AUGAGCCCGGCAAGCCCGAGCACACGGCUCGGGAACCGGCCAAACCGGCUGCUGUCACCGCGGCCCUGGCAGGCCGGUGGGGAAGCGCGGGCACGUGUGGCGGAGGCUAACAGCUCCCGGGGGGGGUGGACUCCCGCCCCAGCUCCGGGGCCUCGCCCCACCCAGCCCAGCAUCGCCCCUCCGGCGCUGCCCACCGCCCUACGCCCCCACUCAGGACCCCUCAGCUCCACGGAGGGUCCCUCAGCGCUCCAUAGCCACCGCCACCCGUCCCCUCACAGCCCACCCUCCCAGCGCCUCACCGCCGGCCGCGCCGCCCCCGCGCCGUCUCGCUUCCUCACCGCCCGCCGCCCCCGCCCCGCAGCCCGGCGCGGGUACAAGCGAGGCACCCGCCAAGGCGCCCCGGACGGGAAGCGGAGGCCCCAAGGCGGGAGGCGGCCGGCGGCUCCCCCCCGCCCUCAGACGGCGCCAUCGCGAGUCCGGCAGCGCCGCCACCCUCCCCGCGCGGGCCCCAACGGCGGCCUUACCGCUGCCGCCUUCGGCUCCGCGCCGCCGCCUAUUCCCGGCCGCCGCCAGCGCCGGGCGCAGCUCCUGUCGCCUCCGCCUCCUCCUCCUCCCCCUCUGCAGCGGCGGCGGCGCCUCCCCGGCUCGCAGGGGGCGGGGCGGGCAGACAACGUCUGCGCCCGGCCGGGCCCGCGGCACCGCGAGGCGGAGACUGCAGCAGCGGGAACCGCGCCUCCCUCCGCGCCCCUUCCUCGCCGCCGCUCCCCCGCGGUCUCUCUUCGUCCCCUCCUCGCCUCUUUUUCCCUUUGUCUCCCCCCCCGCUUUGUUCGCCCCGGGGCAGCCCGCGAGGGGUGCCCGCCGCCGCCGGGCAGAGGGGGAAGGAGCGGCUAUCCUCGGCUCUCGGUCUAA